AUGUCGGAACUGAACACGAGCUCGUUCACGACCAGCGAGGCUGCCCAUCCCAAAAGAUGGUUGAUUGCAUACAACUCGAUCUCGUCGUCAUUGUGGUCAAUUGUUCUUUUCAACACAGUUUUCCUUGGCAGCUUCGUCGGCCAACCCUUGUUGUUUGAAAAACUGAGAAUCUUCCUCAUUGUCACUCAAUCGCUUGCCAUAAUUGAGGUCAUCAAUUCCGCUACAGGCGUUGUCAGAUCUCCAAUUGUCACCACGGCCUCUCAGGUGGCCUCAAGAUUGUUGAUCGUAUUGGGCAUCUUCCUCGUAUUGCCAUACUCACCAGCAAAUUACCACUGGGUCUACAUCUCUUUGAACGUAUCAUGGGCUGUCACUGAGAUUGUAAGAUACUCUUACUAUGCAGCAAACUUGAAGGACCCCAACAAUGUCCCUUACGUGCUCACAUGGCUCAGAUACUCACUCUUCUACGUCUUGUACCCUACGGGUGUGGCGUCGGAGGUAUCUAUUAUUUAUCUCAGUCUCGAGGAGGCUGAAAAAGUUGUCGGAAGUUGGUACCGCUGGCUUCUUUUCGCAAUCCUCUUCACUUAUCCUCCAGGAUUGUACUCCUUGUACACUUACAUGAUCAAGCAAAGGAAGAAGGUCUUAGGUAAGCCGUCGACAAAGAAGACAGAGUGA